GAACACACACAAAAAUUAAUAAUAAAAUAAUUCUUCAGAAGUUUGUUUAUAUAUUUCUUACUUUAGAGUUGAAAAACUCACUCACUCUUGUUGACAGUGAUCGGUUAAGAGGUAAUUUUGAACACCAGUGAAAUUUUUCGAACUUUCUAUAGUGAUUAUAAUUUGUGUGAUUUGAGCUUAUGCUAACUUAGUGGAUACACAAAACUGCCCAUUAAGUUGUAAUUUUGACCGACAAUAACUACGAUUAGCUCAAGUUUCUAAGGAUUCGAUCAGUUUAACUCAUUUUAGAGUUGUAUUACGAAAACGUGUAUUGUGUUGUGUUUAUAUUAAUUUCAAUGUGACAGCAGACAACAAACCAUAACAUCUUGAAACUUGUAAUAUGAUACAAAAGCUUACAGAAUAGUUUUUCUUCUAUUGAUAAUUAGUCAGAUGGGCUAAUGUUGAUUCAUUUUCAGCUCCCUUCACGGCUCUUCUGUAUGCAUUUGGAAGAAAUAUCACGCAGCUGUUUAUCAUUAUUGGUGAUCAAGUGUUAAACCUCAAGCAAACAAAAAACUGAAUGGCACCAUUUUACGAUACUAAGAGCAAUGAAGAAAGUUCCGACUGUUUGGAAAAUGAUUCUUCAUGUUCGUCCGAGAUUGCAAAUGUUACCCAGCAGCAGGGUUGGAAUGAUUUGAAUGCCGGUAAUGUAAAUGUGUCACAGCAGCUACAGACAGCCAAUUUUCAACCAAAAGCAGAACCCAUGGACGAUUGUGGCAAUUCCAGCUUCAUUGUAUUGUAUACCAAUGAAUGUAACGAAUAUGGUUCCAAUUCAGUUGGAAGCGAUACAUCGGGAUUUCAACAAGAUGAACAGGAUGCUGUGCUGGUGAAAAACACAAACAUGACAGUUGACGUGUACAGAUCACAGAAGGACGCUCAUCUGAAAUGUGUACAAAUAUAUGAUCCUGUUGCUGGAGAGGUUAGCUCGCUAGAUUCAGCUAGCAAUAAAGCUUCAAAAUGUGAAGAACAUUUCGACACUGGCGAAGAAGCGAUUGAAAACUUUGAACAUAAAUCUUACAAAAAGCCUGGUAAAAUCAGAAGAGCUUGGCAAUACUUAGGAAUACUUUCUCCCUCGCAACCGGUCGAUGAUAGACAUGAGUACAUUGAGUUCGAUAAUCGAGAAAUUAAGGAUACGGAUGCUUUGGGUUACUCGGCACGUUUUUCUCAUGAUGGCAUGAUGAUUGUGUUACAUAACGAGGGCAGCCUAAUGAUAACAGAGAAUAAUUUUAUCGCCACCAUUAAAAUUACCGGAACUCUUAAUUUCGACGAUUGCAGAGAUAUUGAAAGAGCAAAGCCCAUUUUGAUGAAUAAAAUUCGAAUAAUGCAUGUAAUUCAGUGCGGUUUGCGAACACAGUUGAAGGUGACACGGGAAAACUUUUACAGUACUGUUGAAAAUAUCAUGGCUGAUGCAAGUAGUAACGAAUUCGAUUAUUGUGAGCUAUUGUUACUCAUGGAAAAAAUUAAACUUGAUGAAACAUUUACUUAUGAGAAGUUGGGUCAAGCAAUUGUCAACAACCAUCGUAUGUCGAAAAAACUGAAAAAAAUUGCCGAAGAGACACGAAGUUUGGAACAGAAAAUAAAUAACAGAGAUAAAAAAUUGGUCUGCUUUGGAAUGAAUGUUUCAUCCGAUAAACUAACCGAUGAAUGGAGAAUAAUGACGAAAAACAGCAUCGAUAAACAUCGAGAUUUGUUAUUACAAAAGGCGCCUCAUUUUCUACGGGAAAAACUGCAAAAUCUUUCUCCGCAACAAAUUGUUUUAAUUGAUGUCAACGAUGUAAAUCUUUACGCAAAUAUCUCACAUUUUCUGGAUAAAGAAAUUUUCCAGCAGCCAAUAGAGGAUCUAGCCGAUCGAUGGAUUCGGCGCAUAAAAUCAAAAGAACAGGUCGACACCGGAACAAACACAAAUUAUAUUUACUUUUCCCUAUGCAAAAGUUUAGAUGAGACUAUUAAUGAAAUUGUAAACGAAUCUACUUGCACGAAACAACAGUUGCUCGUAAGUAAUUCUACCGGUUGGCAUCCUAUCGAGAAGAUACCAUGGACGGUGGAGGAUUGCAACACAAAGUGUUUGGAGUAUGAAUAUCGAUUCAUUAUGAAGCUGUUGCAUUUCUACGAUCCGAGCUCAUGUGUUCAGAAGAAAUCGUUCCAAUAUACAAUGAAGGUGCUGAAAAUAAUGUCACAUACUGACGAUGCGACCAAUACGUUAGGUAUCGCAGAAGAGAUCUAUGUCUGGUGUUGCAUGCUGGAUGAUGUUGUUUCACAGGUAUUGGAUAGUGCUCCACAAGAAACUAGAGUAGAUUUUUCUAUAUUCGAAGACACUGUUAAAAAUUAUAUCUACUACAUUAGCAACGUGGGUCACGAUCAGCUGGAAACGGUUCGAGUCAUAACGCAUAACACGACUCGUUUCAUCGUUCAAAGCAAGCCAUAUGUAGAAGAGAAUUGUGAUUCGUCGUUGAACAGACAGCUAUUGCGUAGGCAAUUGGAAAUCGUGAAUUCGCUGACUGUGGAACACAGUUCCUCCAUUCGUUAUUUUCGUGAUUUGAUGGAUAUUUUCAAGAGCUAUUGGAGAAAUGGAAAUAAGAUCCUCGCGAAGUUACCGACUAAAAUUGAUUUACCGAGUAUGCAUCAACUCAGAGAUAAACUGACAAAUCUAAUGCUACAAGCUAUGCACAAAAAGGUCACCAUCGAUGAAGUUAUGGGAUUUCUGAGGGCGUACUAUGAUUUCUUGAUUGAUUUGGAUGAAGUAUCUUUCGAAUGGUUCAUCAAAGGAUCAAUUACAGACAAUAAAUUCAUAUCCGCUAUUGAAGGUUUGGAUUUAAUUCAAGUUGUCGACAAUCGUUGGGCCAAUACGGAUUCAAAAACGUAUCGAGUAAUUGAUCCAAAAAAAUUUGCAAAGUGUGCUCCGCCGAUAAUGGAAGUUGAAACCGGACCAACACACUACGUAAUCGAUAUUGUUGACACACUCGUGUCCCUAAUCGAAAUACAACUCCAGCGGAAAUGCUGGUCAGCUGGCAAGCAUCUAGAACCAUCCGAACAGAUAUCAUCGGCAACCGAAUUGAUGUCCGCUAUCAGAAUAUCUCUGAUCUAUCUAGGUGAACAGCCGGAUUACGUAUCGUUCGAACAAUUUUAUAACGAAAGUGUAAAACCGUUCGACAGCCUGAUGAACCGGUGCGAUUCGUUAGCGAACUUUAUCACUCGUGCGAAUCUCAUUAGGGAAUCGUUCUGGUACAUUCGAAGGCAGAACGAAAUGGACAUCGAAAAGGCCCUAAAAUUGUAUAGUAACCUUAACGAAAACCAGGAGACACAAUUGCUGCGGAAUUUGUAUGAAAGAUACCAGAAAAGUUUUGGAGAAUAUAUUCUCAUGUUCGAGGGAGAGGACACUGAACAAAGAAUUUUAGCAAUUGUGAAGAAGGUGAAGGCGGAUAUCGAAAAAAGAUAUUUCAAUGAUUGGUGCUGUAAAUACAAAAUGGAAAAGAUUCCCAAGAUUCUAGCAGGACUAGCUGCUGUUUGGUCUAUCUUAGUUUCCAAGGACGUCUUGGGUACGGGAAAAUAUCUUAGUCCGCAUUGUAUUCAAAUACUGUGUAUCCUGAAACUACUGAGUAUUGAUAACAGUUCAGAAAACGUUACGAAUAAGCUAGCUCAAGUGUUAACUGGCCAGGGUAAAUCCUUGAUUCUUGGAAUGAUUGCUGCUCUGUUGGCUCUGAUGGGGCAUAAUAUCCGCACUGUCUGCUACAACCGAGGAUUAGUUACGAGAGAUCAGAUGAGUUUUCAACAAUUUUUUAGCUAUUUUGGAAUCCAGAAAAAUAUAGUCUACGGUACAUACGAGGAUAUGGCAAAUGCCUUAUUGAAUGUUGAAGUGAACGGCGAAAAGAAAGGUCUUAGAGAUCUAGUAAGUGACUUAUUACUAGAAGAGAAAAAAAGUGUAUUUAGAUCGGAUAACGCGAAUUUGGAAAAGUCUGUUCUGCUAAUGGAUGAAGUCGAUGUAUUUUUCACUCGAGAGUUCUAUGGAAAUAAUUACGAUCCAAUAGCUAACCCGUUUAUCACUGGCAUGGGUCGAAUUCAGAUAGAAAUUUGGAAGGCCGUUUGUGAACAAUGCUACGAUGUCAAAACACUAACUCAACGCAUCGAACGUUACAUCCUGUCGUUCAUAAAUUCGGAAGUAUUUGCAGAAUUUUUGCAAUCACCUAGCAAAUAUCAGCUUUUGGUGUCUACUGAUUCUAAACUGGUCACCAAAUGUUAUACCAAUCGUACUCUGUUCGAUGAACAUCUAAAACUAAUGCUAGAGUGUGCCAUCGAAGUGCAUCGAUGUCCUGCCGAGCAGUGUUGCAAUUUUAGACUUAGUGAACGAGACACCAUCACUUACAAAUUUCAAGGAGAGUUCACAAACUACAAAAGAAUAAGCUAUUUGAACGUAUUUCACUACUUCAGACUCAAGCGGACUAAUUUUUGUUCGCAGAUAGCAGGCGAGCUCAACUACGGUUACAUCAAUAUUGAGUGUGGUUCGCUGUCAUACGCGAUGUUACCAAAGAACUACCCGCUAAUUCUAGGAGUAUCUGGGACAAUAACGGCAUUGAAUAAAAUCGAAAAGGAUGCCAUGCGAAAUCUUUACAAUAUCGUCGAUAUGACCGUGCUGCCAACAUUCUUUGGUAGUUCUUACUUAAUCGAACACGAUUUCCGUCACUUCUCGACAAAGAAUGCCUGGUUGGAUGCUAUAUUCAGCCGAACGCAAGAAAUGGUAGGCGCUAGUCGAGCGGUACUGAUUUUCUUCAAAACCGACACCGAGCUAAACGAAUUCAAAGGAAAAUAUUCUGGUCGCUUCGAUCGACUGAUCGUGCUAACGGAAAACACGGAUUCGGACCGACAGUUGCUGUACGUCAACGAAGCAGGCAUCGUCAAAACGGUUACGCUGGCAACCCGCUGUAUGGGUCGCGGAAUCGAUUAUAAAUCCAGUGUGGCUGUGGAAAAGAAUGGCGGUAUUCACGUGAUUCAAACCUUUUUUUCGUUGGACAUUAAAGAAGAAACUCAGAUCAAAGGGCGAACCGCUCGGAAAGAUAAUAAAGGCAGUUACGAAUUGAUUGUAUCCGAUCACGAUUUACAAACAGAACGUGUUUGGCAGCAAAAGGAUGAAAAUACAUACACCAAUUUAAACAAAGCUAGAACUGAAAUUGCUUUCAAAGAAAGUAAAGCUAUGUGGAAUGCUAUUUCUGAUGCAUCGAAAGACCACAAAACUACGAUGGAUUAUCUUAAUAGCUUCUUUGUGCCUCAAAAUGAUUGCAGGAGAUAUGUAUUAGUCAACUAAUUGGACUUCAACGAAAUUUUAUUGGCAAGAAAUGUGAAAAGCAAGGGUAUUAAGUAAAUGUUGAUUUGAUAUAUUUAUUAUUUUAUGAAUUUUUCAUGCCCGUUAUGUCGCAGAAGAAAAGUAUAUUAUAUAUAAAUAAUAAAAACAAAAAAGUA